AUGGGUAAAAAAGCAAUUGAUGCACGUAUUCCUGCUUUGAUACGUAAUGGCGUUCAAGAAAAGCAAAGAUCAUUUUUUAUCAUUGUGGGUGAUAAAGCUCGUAAUCAACUACCAAACUUGCAUUAUUUGAUGAUGAGUGCUGACUUGAAAAUGAAUAAAUCUGUGUUAUGGGCAUACAAGAAGAAAUUAUUAGGUUUUACGUCCCACAGACAGAAGCGUGAAGCAAAAAUCAAGAAAGACAUAAAACGUGGAAUUAGAGAAGUCAACGAACAAGAUCCCUUUGAAGCAUUUAUAUCUAAUCAGCAUAUCAGAUAUGUUUAUUACAAAGAAACUGAAAAGAUUUUGGGGAACACUUAUGGGAUGUGUAUCUUACAAGAUUUUGAAGCCAUCACCCCCAACUUAUUAGCCAGAACAAUCGAGACCGUAGAAGGUGGUGGAUUAGUGGUCAUCUUGCUCAAGAAUAUGACUUCGCUAAAACAGUUGUAUACCAUGUCUAUGGAUAUACAUUCAAGAUACAGAACUGAGGCACAUGACGAUGUUGUUGCAAGAUUCAAUGAAAGAUUUUUACUUUCUUUGGGCUCUUGUGAAAAUUGCUUAGUAGUUGAUGAUGAAUUGAAUGUUUUGCCUAUCUCAGGGGGAAAACAUGUAAAACCCUUGCCACCUAAAGAUGACGAUGAAUUGACGCCUAACGCCAAGGAAUUAAAGGAAUUGAAAGAGAGUCUUGCUGAUGUACAACCUGCUGGGUCAUUGGUGGCCUUGUCAAAAACUAUAAAUCAAGCUCAAGCAAUAUUGACUUUUAUUGAUGUUAUCUCAGAAAAAACAUUAAGAAAUACAGUCACAUUGACUGCAGGAAGAGGUCGUGGUAAAUCUGCUGCUUUAGGUAUUGCUAUUGCUGCAGCCAUAUCCCAUGGAUACUCCAACAUCUUUGUUACUUCUCCUUCACCUGAGAACUUGAAGACGUUGUUUGAAUUCAUUUUUAAAGGUUUUGAUGUCUUGGGAUAUACCGAACAUAUGGAUUAUGACAUUAUUCAGUCUACCAACCCAUCUUUUAACAAAGCUAUUGUUAGAGUUGAUGUCAAAAGAGAGCACAGACAAACAAUUCAGUACAUUUCACCAAAUGAUAAUCACGUUUUAGGACAAGCAGAAUUAUUGAUUAUUGAUGAAGCAGCAGCCAUACCACUUCCAAUUGUGAAAAAAUUGAUGGGUCCAUAUUUGAUUUUCAUGGCUUCUACCAUUAAUGGUUAUGAAGGUACUGGAAGAUCAUUAUCUUUAAAAUUAAUUCAGCAAUUGAGAACUCAAUCCAAUAAUGCAACACCUUCUGAAACUACUGUGGUAUCCAGAGAUAAAAAAUCAAGUGAAAUCACUGGAGCUUUGACUAGAACCUUGAAGGAAGUUGUAUUGGACGAGCCUAUAAGAUAUGCACCAGGCGACCCUGUUGAAAAAUGGUUAAACAAAUUACUUUGUCUUGAUGUUUCUUUAUCCAAAAAUUCCAAGUUUGCAACAAAGGGUACUCCACAUCCAUCCCAAUGCCAAUUAUUUUAUGUCAACAGAGACACUUUGUUUUCUUACCAUCCGGUCUCAGAAGCAUUCUUACAAAAGAUGAUGGCAUUGUAUGUUGCCUCUCAUUACAAGAACUCACCUAAUGAUUUACAAUUGAUGAGUGAUGCUCCAGCACAUCAACUAUUUGUAUUAUUACCCCCAAUAGAGGCAGGCGAUAAUAGAGUACCUGAUCCAUUGUGUGUUAUUCAGUUAGCAUUGGAGGGUGAAAUAUCCAAAGAAAGUGUUAGAAAGUCUUUGUCUCGUGGCCAGAGAGCCGGAGGAGAUUUGAUACCUUGGUUGAUUUCGCAACAAUUUCAAGACGAAGAAUUUGCCUCGUUAUCAGGAGCAAGGGUUGUUAGAAUUGCCACCAACCCCGAGUACUCUGGGAUGGGUUAUGGGUCCAGAGCAAUAGAAUUAUUGAAGGACUAUUACUCCGGUAAGUUUACUGAUAUCAGUGAAUCCACUGAGUUAAAUGACCACACAAUCACAAGAGUCACUGAUAGCGAGUUGGCCAACGCAUCAUUAAAGGAUGAAAUCAAAUUGAGAGACGUUAAAACAUUACCUCCGUUACUUUUAAAAUUAUCAGAAAAAGCCCCUUACUACUUGCACUACUUGGGUGUCUCGUACGGUUUCACAUCUCAAUUGCACAAAUUCUGGAAGAAGUCAGGGUUUACUCCUGUUUAUUUAAGGCAAACUCCUAAUGAGUUGACUGGAGAACACACUUCUGUUGUUUUAAGUGUAUUACCAGGAAGAGAAGAUAAAUGGUUACACGAAUUCUCCAAAGAUUUCCACAAAAGAUUUUUGAGCUUGUUAUCGUAUGAAUUCAAAAAAUUCCAGGCGUCUCAGGCUUUAAGCAUUAUUGAAGCUGCAGAACUAGGUGAAGGUGAUAAAACUACCAGUCAAACAUUAACCAAAGGGCAAUUAGAUCUGUUGUUAUCUCCUUUUGAUUUAAAGAGAUUGGAUUCCUAUGCCAACAAUUUAUUGGAUUAUCAUGUAAUUGUUGAUAUGUUACCACUAAUCUCCCAAUUAUUUUUUUCGAAAAAAACUGGGAAAGAUAUUAGUUUAUCAUCUGUUCAAUCUGCCAUUUUAUUGGCUAUUGGAUUACAACAUAAGGAUAUGGAUCAGAUAGCAAAAGAGUUAAACUUACCAACGAACCAGGCCAUGGCAAUGUUUGCUAAAAUAAUCCGUAAGUUUUCAACCUAUUUCAGAAAAGUUCUCACUAAAGCAAUUGAAGAAAGUAUGCCGAAUUUGGAAGACGAGAAUGUCGAUGCAAUGAAUGGAAAGGAAACUGAACAAAUUGAUUAUAAAGCGAUCGAGCAGAAAUUGCAAGAUGAUUUGGAAGAGGCUGGUGAUGAGGCAAUAAAAGAAAUGAGAGAAAAACAACGUGAGUUGAUUAAUGCGCUCAACUUAGAUAAAUAUGCUAUUGCAGAAGAUGCUGAGUGGGACGAGAAAUCGAUGGAUAAAGCUACUAAAGGAAAAGCAAAUGUUGUUAGUGUUAAGAGUGGGAAAAGGAAAUCCAAAGAAAAUGCUAAUGAUAUCUAUGAGAAGGAAAUGAAAGCUGUAAAGAAAUCAAGGAAAUCUAAAAAAUAA